AGCCUGUCUGUCUGUCGUCUAACGAUGGUGCGAAUGAAUGGGUCGCUUCAAGCUGGAGGUGCGCGCUCGCGUGCGCAGGCGCACGCCCACGGGAACCAGCAGAGUUAUCGAAAGGAAUUACAAAGCCAUGAAGAGCGAGAAAAAACCAACGCGGAAAUGGCAGAAGCUGCCAGGGAGAAACACGUUCUGUUGCGAUGGUAGGAUCAUGAUGGCUCGACAGAAAGGAGUUUUUUACCUUACCGUCUUCCUCAUCGUGGGAACCAGCGCGUUGUUUUUCGGCUUUGAGUGUCCAUAUUUGGCGAUACAUCUUUCCCCUGCCAUUCCAGUGUUCGCAAUAAUUCUCUUUAUCUUUGUGAUGGCAAUGUUACUCCGUACCAGUUUCAGUGAUCCUGGUGUGCUCCCACGAGCUGAGCCAGAUGAGGCUGCGUUUGUGGAGAUGGAAAUAGAGGCAGCCAAUGGGAAUGUCCCAGCAGGCCAGCGACCACCACCAAGAAUCAAAGAUAUCCAGAUAAACAACCAGAUUAUCAAAUUGAAAUACUGCUACACAUGCAAGAUAUUCCGCCCGCCUCGGGCAUCCCACUGUAGUGUUUGUGAUAACUGUGUUGAACGAUUUGAUCACCAUUGUCCUUGGGUUGGAAACUGUGUUGGAAAGAGGAAUUACCGUUUCUUUUACCUCUUCACCAUAUCGUUGUCAUUUCUCACUGUCUACAUCUUUGCUUUUGAUAUUGUACAUGUGGCACUGAGAUCUGUGGACAAUGGUUUUUUAAACACUCUGAAGGACACACCAGGAACGGUACUAGAAGUGGUAAUCUGUUUCUUCACGUUAUGGUCUGUGAUUGGUCUGUCUGGAUUUCACACCUAUCUUAUUGCACUCAACCAGACCACCAAUGAAGAUAUUAAGGGUUCUUGGUCAGGAAAAAAUGGAAUUCAUAAUCCUUACAGCCAUGAUGGUGUGUUAAAAAAUUGUUGUGAGAUCCUAUGUGGACCAGUGCCACCAAGUGUUCUUGACAGGAGAGGACUUAUUCAGGAUGAGACUGGUGUUACUGCUAACCGAAUUGCAAGUACAGCGCCACCGAUGACGGCAAGUAGAACUCCAUUGAUACCCAACGAACAGGCACCAGUAAAAGAAAAUCCUGUGGUACCUGGGCAAACUGAACAGGAUGCAAAAGAGACAGUACCAUCACCUGACACGAAGAAACGACUUCCAUCUACACAACCAGUGGACUUAAAUAUGCAGUCUGGCACUAUUGCCCUGCAAAGGAAUGCAGUUACAAAAGAAGCUUUAUACCAGGGGCAUACCUUCUAGUAAAUUUUGUUCCUGAACUAAGUGCAAAAAAGACUUGAUGCACAAAAAAGAAGUUGGAAGACAGUUCAUCUAGCUAAACUAAGAUGCAAAUUGGUUUGAUACUGCAAUUUCCAUCUGAUCAGUAUUGUACGUUUUAUUUUACGAAGGAAUUUUUAGGGUUGUAGCUAAUGAGAAGUAACUGCAGAUGAGGAAUAUCGAAGAUAGGUUUCUGAGCAUUUUGACCCUUUCAAGGCCAAUUUACCCAUUCGUGGCCAAAUCUGUCUCUUCAUAAAUUACAUUUAUUAUUUUAAUUCAGAAUAUAAAAACACGUGACAGAUGAAGUUUGCAAAAGAUUUAACUAAUCAAGUGUCUAUUUAUUACCCACGUAAUAUAUUGUAACAUCAUGAAAAUGACUGGCAGGUAAAUAUCAUGUGAAUACCUCAUUUAUUCUGAGUUCCAGGUGGGUACUAUGCAAAACAUGUCUAUGUUUAGAGCUGACCAGUUUGACUUUAAAUGUCACUGAUUACAGGCAUGUUACGAGUGAUAAGCUAUCAAUUUUAAAUGGUUGUGAGAAGUGUGUGUGUGUGAGAGAGUCUCCUUGGGUUUAUGAACUUUAUAUUUAGGUUAAGUAACAUUGAACUUAAUAUUCCAGGUAGAGUGAUACAAUUUUUUUAAAAGCCAAAUUGUGAACUAAUGCUGCCAUUGGAUGUUUUCAUGAAAUUACAAUCUGACACUUGUGGUGUAUGUUGUUUUUACUAGUGGAUUGUGAACUGGGGCCACUCCUAUAUUAACAUUAAUAUACAAAAUACAUGUGGCUUAAAUAACGUGGCCAGGAGGAAUAGUUACUAUAAAAUUAAACCUCUACAUUCCUGUGCGAUUUAUAAGAUGGAGCCAUAGUUUCACAAGUCAUUCUACCGUGUAAUUGUAAAUGAUGGAGUGCUCAGGUGCAAGACAGCAGACAAAAGCGAAGUUGGAAACAGAAUCUUAUGGUUCAAGUUUGUUACCAAAAUCACUCAUUUGUUUUAAAUUAACAAAUCCAUUCUAUUUGGGAGUACUUGCUAUGAGGGAAUAUUUUGACUUAAGGGAAAGUAUAUAUAGUUUGGUGCCAUUUAUAAUUUAAUAGAAAAAAUGUUGUGCAACUACAGUUAAGGUAUACCUAGAAAAUUAGGUUUUCCCUUUUAAUUGUUGCUAAUUAGACAGUCUUUCUAUUGUCCAAAGAUGACUAAAGUGGUUUCUUAAGACUACCAAAUUUCAACAAAGACCCAAGAGGAAGCAGUGGCCUUGCCCAAAGGCUGAAAUCCCUGAACUCCAAGCUGUGUUGGAACUCUUUUUUUUUUUUUUUUUUUUUUAAUUUUAAAGCUUCAAACUGAGGCAUAUACACAAGACUGAGACUGACAAACAUGCUUGUGCUCCUAAUCUCUUCUGAGCAGACAACAGUGCCUUUCAUGAUACUGAAUUCAACCAUUUUGAAAUUUAUUAUAUCUUUUGGCGAUGUGACUAUAAUGUGUUAAUGGUAAUAAGAAUAGAAUUGUGGUGUCAGUGAAAAUGGUAAUUCCAUUUAGUUUAUUUCAGUCAUCCAGUUGUACGGAAUUCAAUUAGCUUAUACAUUAUUGCACAUAUUUAAGUACUGCUAAGUGCUGCAAUGGUUUUAAUAAAGCAAUUCUAUUCCAUAAUUCUCCAUGGUAUACAGGAAGAACUGUAGUGCUGAAGCCACACUGACCCCAACGAGAAUUUGAUUUUCUUGUAUGUGAUUUUUGUUCCAAGUGUAAACCAGAUUUUUGGAACCAAAAUCUAGAUUUUUCUGUUUAAAAGAUAUCAAAUGUAAAUGAUCAGAUGCCUAGAACUAUAUUGUUGCAGUGUUAAACAUUAUGAAGUACAGUAAGCUGUUAUUUGGCAUGCUGGGAGAAUGGGUGGUGCCAAUUAAAUUAAAACUGCUGUUUGGUGAGUUGUGUUACUCUGACCAUAACAGCAGAGGUUUUUCAAUCUUUCAGGGGAGAGAAGCAGCUGGACAGUCGAGCCCUAGCACAGCAUGCCAUUCCACCUGGCAUUUAUUUUGGGGCAGGGAAAGAAAAGGCUGUCAAUUUUUUUUUGAGUAGAUUAUCUUUGUUCAGGCUCAACAACCAAAACUGACCCAGUAAUUUUCAUGUGCAAAGUAGGAGCAGCUUCAGAUUUAUGACCUACUGUUCUUAAUGCAUUUUUUUAAAAAAAUGAUGUUAAAAGUGACCAGCUUUUGUUGUUUUAAACAAAAAUAUCAAAAUUCUAGUUGAUAGAGUAAAUGUUGUUAAUCAGCAUUCUGUAAUUUCAUGUCGAUGACUUUUUGUACUGCACUUGGUUAUGUAGGAGAUAUAAUGUUUCAUUUAACAGAUUGCAACGUUUUGAAGCACAUCUUGCAAAGAUUAAACAUUAAUCAUGCACCACUUGGCAUGCAUUUGGGAGGAGCAUCAGCUUUUCUUGCUUGCCAUGUUUUCAACUGACAAAUUUUGAUUUGAAUAGUGAGGUUUAUGAAUUUUACAUACCUGAUGACUGAUUCGGACUACUUCAUAGCUGGUUGUUUCAAUGUUUUUGACCUAAACAAAUCCCAGUCAAUUGAAGAUUACAUAAUUUGAAUUAAUGUCUUAAAUAAUGUAGUUUCUAUUCUCAAAACACCAACCAAAUUUAGUUCUAUUUGACUGUUUGUGAGGCUGCUUUUCUUAAGCAAGAACCUAAUCUGAUUAUUCCUCCAGUACUUUUUCUAAAACACUCUUUUGGCCAAAUGGUGGGAAAGCACUUUAGAAGUUAAAUUCCCUCUCAGUCAGUUUUUUUUUUUCAUGGUGUCAAUAAAGAUUCAUUUGAAACUAGCCAAAUAAACAUUUGCCCUAGUGACCUAGAUUUGAGUGCAAUACGUGUUUGAGAGGUUACUUUUCUUAGGGAAUUUGAUGUACAUGUCAUGAUGAACGGUAACACAAAUAAUCUUCAAUAUUGGACCUUCUUUCCAUCCUUUGGAUCUUGGCAUUUGUUCAAUUAAUCAGUGUACAAAAUGAUUUUAAGAUCAACGUUUGGAUGGAGUCAAUGAAAUUGGAGGGAGAAUAAAUUUCAAUGAAGGGAGAAGAGUCCAUGCUUUUAAUGGAAUGCUAAUGCACAAAUAGGUGAUGUGAAUUUAUCUUCCUUUCUCUCAUCCUGUAAUCACUUUGUGUAAAAUCUUUCUGGGAAUUCUUGAGAAAUUAGGCCUUUUAAAGUAAAAUUUGAAGAUUUAAAAAUAGCACAGUUGUGGGCAUAUAGUCACUUCUAAUUCUGUAGGUAUCUUGGCUAUUACUUGAUGAUGCUAUGUGACCUGUUGGAAUAUCUUUUUUGUUCUGAAAUAACACUCCAGUGUAUGCUACAUAUUGGCAUUGCACCUUUUUAAUAAGGAAGUUUUAAAUAUUCAACUUCAAUUGAGCAGAUAUUUUCGAAGUUUCAGCACUUUAUAACUGAACAAUUCAGAAUUUUCGAGUCAGAGUCAUCACACAAGGAAACAGACCCUUUGGUCCAACUAGUCCAUGCUGACCAUGUUCCCAAACUAAACAAGUCUCACUUGCCUGUGUUUGGCUCACAUCCCUAGAAACUUUUUUAUUAUUCAUGCAUUUAUCCAAAUGUCUUUUACAUGCUGUGACUGUACCUGCAUUCACCACUUCCUCCCUCUGGCAGUUCAUUCCGCACACGAAUCGAUGUGUUUUUAAAAAAAAUUUGCCCCUCAAAUACUCUUGCAAAACUUUCUCCUUUUUAUCUUAAAAAAAACCCUUUAGUUUUGAACUGCCCCACCCUAGGGAUAAAAACCCUUGCUGUUCAUCUUAUCUACAUACUUCAUGAUUUUAUAAACUUCAGUAAGGUCACCCCUCAACCUCUUACACUCUUUGGAGGGGGUCUCAGCCUAUCCAGCCCAUUUUCAUAACUCGAACCUUCCAUUCCCAGCAAUGUCCCGGUGAAUCUUUUCUGAACCCUGACCAAUUUAAUAACAUUCUUGCUAUAGCAGGGCAACCAGAACUGCAUGCUACUCCACAAGAGGCCUGACCAGUGUCUUGUAUAACCUCAAAAUGAUGGUCUAACUUUAAGGAUAUGCUGACUACUUUGAUCUGAAACUAAAUUGCAAGGUAAAUUAUGUGUACUCCACUAGAAAGUGCAUAUUUGCAUUUUAUUUAGUACAUUUCCCUAUUCUAGAGGCUACAGUGCAGUGUUUUUAAAAUUUGGAUAAGGAAAGGACAGCUCAAUUUUCUUGCAAAAUAUACUUGUAUUUAGCCAUUUGGAAAUUAAAUUUCCAUUUCUUCAGUAACCAAUAUUGUAAUUUAUGAGGAAAAUGUUUAAUUUUGAUAAAAUCUAGAUGACAAAUGAAGAAUUCAGAAUCAUUACAAUUGAAAACAAUUAGCUAAAAUUGUACACCCUCUUUCCAAAUAUUUUCCCUCUAGUGCUGAAAUCUGAUUAAUUUAAAUUUGUGUUCAGUUGGUCUAUACUAAAGAAAAAUGACUGUGACAUUUUUGUUUUUAGUAGCCCAAUCAAAUUAUCUCCUUUAAAAGCUACCUCCAAUAAUCUUUUUCUUCCAGUGAUGACUGUGCAUUCUUCGUCCUACCUGAUCAUGCCCUUUUCCUCUUUGCAAAGUUAUCCUCUUUUUCCUCUUGUUCCAGGCCGUCACCACCAUCACCAAAUAUCAUCACAGUUCAGAGAUGCACAAGAUCCUCAAUCUUAAAAUCCUUGCUGCUACUCUGUUUCAGAGGUUUUCUCAUCCUUUUGUAGAUUUGAACAUUUAAACCUAUGAACAGAUAAAUUUGAAGCAAUAGUAGGCUAUUUGGCUGACUAAGGCGGUUCGUAAGAUCUGAUACGAUCAUGAAUGAUCUGAUUGUGACUUAAGCUCCACUUCCCUGCUUAUGCCUGAUAGAUCCUUGACGAAUAAGGGAAUCAGAAAAUAACCAUCUCUGUCCUUUUCAAAGAAAAAAUUGCAGUGACCCUGUCUCUGCUGCCCUGGGAAAGAAAAUCCCAAUGACUUUUUAUUUUGUAGAAUCCCUCAAUUUGUACCCCUCAAUGCUUCGCUCGCGAGCUCUCUCUCUCGCACGUUUUCUCUCUCUCUCUCUCUCUCUCUUCCACCCCCCCACCCCCAUCUUGAUAGGAGACAUCGAUUUGUUUUUAAAUAGUAUCUGCUAGUUCUAGUCAUUCUCAUAGGACAAACAUCUUUCCAGUAUCCACCCUGUCAAGUUGCCACAAGAUCUUAGAUUCUUCACUCUGAUCGCUGCUUCUCCUCCUAAAUUCCUUUGGGUACAGGCCAAACCCCUCCCAGCUAUUACCCAUAAGACAACUCUUUUUCUCCCCAGAAGUCAGUCAAGUGCUGUUUUUAAUGCUAUUAUGUCAUUCCUUAAAUAAGGAGACCAAAAUUGUACUCCGUACUCUAGGUGUGUUCUUACCAAUGCUCUUUAUGACUGAAGCACAAAUCCCUAACUUUUAAUAUUCCAUUCCAGUAGAUGACAGCAUUUCAUUUGUCUUCCUGAUCAAUUUCUAUACUUGGUAUGAUAGUAUACCAUCUAGUAUUUUAAAUUUUUUUUUAUUCAUCAUGCCAAUAUUAGCAUGUUCACAUUUUCCCCCAUUAUUCCCACACUAGGUUUUUUUUUUUGUGUGGCUAACUGUUGAGCCAAUCUGUAUCCAUUUUGUGGAGUUCUUGUGUCCUCUUCACAACUUGGUUUUCCUACUUAUCUUUGAUUCUUCAACAAAUUCAGCGACCAUACUUUUCAGUUCCUUCAUCCAAAUUAUUUUUAUAGCUUCUAAAUAGUUGAUUCCUGUUGCAUUCCACACAUUACAUCUUGCCAACCAGAAAAUUAUUUAUUUUUGGCCUACUUUUUAGUUUCAUUUUACUUAAACAGCUCACUGUCCAAGCUGAUGUGUUGCCUCCUACACCAUAAGUUUUUAUUUGGCAUUAUAACUUUUGUGUCACCCCAGCAAAUGACUUCUGGAAAUCAAGUACACCAGAUCUACAAGUGUUCCUUUAUCCAUGUCACUUGUUUAGUCCUCAAAUAAAUCUAGUCUUUUAAAAAAAACCAAACCUUUUUUAAAAAAACAUUAAUGCAGUCUGUCAGAGACAUGGUUUUGUGAAAGGGCAAUUCAUGCUUGACUAAGAUCUCUUUAAUACUAGAUUCCAGCAUUUCACUUAUGCCAGAUUUUAAGAUGUUUUCAUUGUCUCCUUUAUGGUCCCUUUCUAUUUUGCAGCCCAUUUAUCUCUAUCUCACUCCUAUCUCUCCCUAUUUUAGUCAGUAUUCCCAUCUUCAGGUCUUGCUGGUAGUCUCUCCAGCUUGUGCAUUAUCAUUGUGUGAUUUCCCAAUUUUGCACAAAGUGCCACACGAAGACUUCUACAUUCUGCUCUGAGUAAGGAAUGUUCUGGUUGGAAAUAACUUAAGUGUGUAAAUUCCUAUUGCAAAGUGCAGCAGUGUAAAAAUUGUUUAGUGAAAAUGAGGGUGAAAGCUGGAGGGACACUUGUGUUCAUCCAUGAAGUAAAUGGAAAAUUCUGACUGCCUGUAGGGAGAAAUGUGUAUGCAGAAGUUUACAACCAGCUCCUGUUCAUCUUUAACUGGUUUAAUUGUAGUAAACAUGAAAAGUGUUUCAUUUUUAAAGGAGUUAAUUCCAUUUUACAAUGGCACUUUUUUGGAAUUACAAAAUGCUGGGUUUGAGGUUCAUCUAAAUAUAGGAGAAAGGACUUCUAUCUAGUAGCAGCAUUGCAUUGGGAAAGAGACUGCCUGCGCUUUGCGGUUGGAUAGUUUAAGUCUUCACGUGAUUUCUUAUUAACUAUUUUUCACCGGUUUUGUUUAUGGUCAAAUGAGAAUCUUGAAGUCCUAAGUUUUCAAUACUCUAAAUGUGAAGCUUGACAGAAAUAAAUUUAGUUUUGCCUCA